AUGAUAGCGCAAUCGUCCCGCAGCAAGAGACUAACCGCACUUCCUUGCUUACUCGGGGACCCAUCUACCGACAUGCCUGCUACGCACCUCGUGCUUGCCUUGAGCGCCAAGGCUCGAGUUCACCGUUUCACAAAAGUUGAGGACAACCGAAAGGGCUAGAACAGCGGCUGACGCUCUUGCUGUAUGGACCGUCCCAUGACAUCGCAGGUCGCGUGUCAGGCUGAGACUUUGGUGGUGUGACGAAAGUGCAGAGACUUCAAUCGAGUUCUACGCGAAAUAUCGAAUGUUAAGCAAAGCCGGACUGUUUCCUCACGACGAAAUGUCAAUCUAUGCUUGGCUACGGCAGUAGUGGUUUCUCAGCGGGCCGGUUGUAUUGUGACCCCGUGUAUAAAGCGUUCUUUUUGCCAGCCGUCCUCCUGUAAUCUGCUCGGCUGACCGUGCGGGUUAUUUACCGUGCUGACUUGGCUGUUGCCCCCGUUUCCCUCUCGCCGCUGCCCCUCAGCCGCCCAGGUGCAUGUUCGUGCCACCCCUAUUCCAUCCCAACGUCUUUCCGUUGUGCACCAUCAGCUUCCGGAAAGUAAUAACCACGAAAAAUGGGGGGACUGUCGCCAUAGUAAAUAGGACGAAAACACACAACAACACACAUCCCCGGUGGCGAGUAGAUAUCGCCAUGGUGGCCAUCACCACAAUUAUACGGAAUGACCUGCCCGAGUGAAGCCUACCUCGUACCGUGUGUACUUGCACAUACGUAGUCAGUUGUUUCUCUAGACAUGAAGCGCUACACCUCGUAUUCUUCGUGAGAACCACAGUAGUGCGCACUUGUGUGCGCGCUUCCCACGGGGCUACAGGUUGUCCGCGAUACCCCGUCUGUACUUUUGCUUCGUUGGCGCCGUCCUCCCUUUCAGGGUGUCAAGAACUCAAGCCAGGUGCUGCUAGCGUUGGUGGGUCUUGCUGCUGUGCAGUCGAAAGUUGUGUACGCACCUUUCCUGCACCAGGCGCAUACUGUUGGCUUCUAAACCGCUGACGGCUUUUGAGUGUUGUUUAUUUCUAGUGUGAAAGAGAGCCCACACCCUGACUGUAGUGUUGCUGCUGCAGCUUCCAGUCUAACCUGCCGCGUUUUCGACGACGUAAAGGCUCUAACGUCUCGUGGAGGGAAACGUCCUGUAGAUCCCUCGCUUUCGCCCUGAGCUUUUUCCUUGUCACUUGCCCCCCUGCGCUUGUUGAUGGCAGUAUGUUCUACGAGGACGAAGCAUGGACACCGAGCACUACCAUCAAGCCAAUGCUGCAAGGGAUUUACGUUUUUUUGGACCAUCCAGACCCCAACAAUCUUGCCCAAACAGAGGCCUACCAAGUGUUCGUCUAAGUGGUGUCCAAUGACACUAUCCGCUACUUCAAGAAAUCGGUGCUGCAGCAAUUUCUGUAACGUUGGUGAUUUUGCGAGGCGGGUUUAAGUGGUUUGCCAUCCGCUACUCUUUGAUCCACGCGCGUGCUUGGGUUGU